CAGGCGGCUUCAUCUGGAGGCCACGAGCAGGUGGUGAAGCUGCUGCUUGACAAGGGCGCCGACGUUAACGCGCAGGGUGGAGUAUGCGGCCACGCACUCCAGGCGGCUUUAUCUAGAGGCCACGAGCAGGUGGUGAAGCUGCUGCUUGACAAAGGCGCCGACGUUAACGCGCAGGGUGGAGAAUACGGCAACGCACUCCAGGCGGCUUCAGAAGGAAGCCACGAGCAGGUGGUGAAGCUGCUGCUU